AUGGAGUACGUCUCGCCAGAGUACGACCUGGAGUACAGGCACGUGGACGACGACGCCUGGUACACGGUGAAGGUGGUAGUGGCGGAAGGUGGCGAGACACUGACGGUGAAGUACGAAGGCUUUCUGGAUUCAUCGGACACCAUUUUCCAAACCGACCAAUUCGAGACGGCGGAAGACGUGGACGAAGCGAUGAACAGAUUCCGUCCACUUUCACGGCAACUGCAGGAUGAGGAGUGCGAUAAAGUCACAGAGGGUAUGAUUGUCUGCUCCUCCUACUCCUUGGACCAAAAAGACCUUCGCUACUUCGACGCCAUGGUUGAGGCGGUGCACCGUGAUAAACAUUCAUUUGCAAGUACUGAAGAGGAGUGUCUUUGCUCAUUUGUCUUGUUAUGGCAACAUGGUCCAAAUUUGGGAAUCCUGACAUUGGCAGGCAUUGCAAGCAUAUGCCUUCUUCAACAGACGACUCAAGUUGAUCCCAGAAUUUUGCGUUUCUCCAUAGUGGCAAAGGAAAGAAUUGGAAACAAGCUUGCCAAAUAUACUGAAAUACCCCAGAAUGAUGUUGCGGUAUCUAUAGGGCCAUUGCACGGUGAAGAAAAUAGUCUAUAUGUCAAACUUAAACCUGGGUUUCUGGUUAUGGGGACUACUGGCAAGUGUUAUGGGAGGAUCAGCAAAGCUCAUUCAGAUCAUCUUCAUGAUGAAGACAUGGGAAGGGACUUUAUUCAUGUGAAUGAGUUUGCUGAAACUGGCAUUCAGCAUUUUCUAUUGAUUGAUAACAUGGAAAAAGAUUUGUCCGCAUCGACAAUUAGUGAAUUCAUAUAUAAGCAAACUUCAGUUUCAUCACAAGCCUAUGUUUUCCCAAGCCGAUCAGCCGAACUAUUUGCAAGGGGAGCCAUUGUGUCGGAAUGCAAAAUGGAAAUUGAGAAGAUACAUGACUCGCUUAACAAUUCUGAUCAAUUGAUCGUGUCAGCAAAGGGAAGACCAUGGGUCAUUACAGAAAAUGCUUUAAGGAGUGGAACGCUUAAAGCAAUGCUUGGCAGUUUGGUUCCCAAAUCUCAGGAUACUUGUAAGAAUACGGACAUCGACAAGGAACUAACAGUGGUUCAUUCGGGAACUGAAGCAUACAGGAAAGCUAAGCAGUUGAUGUCUUUAUUUUUGGACUUUGAACAACAUAAACGAGGACUUCAAAAGAGGUUGGCUUAUGAAGAGAUGAGGAUCUUGGAGUCGUCUUAA